UCACUCCGCAUCUUACGGCUUUCUGACGUCAUCACGUACGGUUUCCAAACAUAAUCAGGAAAAAGCCACGUUGGAACGAUCCUGGUUGAAGUGUAGUCCUACAUUCUGACCCGAAUAAACCAGCGAUUUAAUUUCCUAAACAGUUCAAUUUCUUCUCGUGCGGGCCGCUUCAAAGGAGACAUGUCGUCCCCACCCAAAGAGAAGAUCGAGACCAAAGCUGGACAUCUUCCUGCAGUGAAGGCAGGAGGCAUGAGGAUAGUCCAGAAGCACCAAGUCAGCAGUAGUCCGGAGCCUGUGCCCAAAGACGAAAAGGACGAGGAAGAGUAUGAGACCACCAGUCCUCCAAAGCCCACCGUGAUCGUCUCUGGAGUGGUCACAAAGGGUGACAGGGACUUCACCCCGGCAGCUGCCCAGGUAGCCCACCAGAAGCCCCAGCCCGCGCUCCCCAAGAUGGCCCCCAGCCACCAGCAAAACCAGCAAAUCCACCAGCCCCGCAAGUGAGCUAGCGCCGCGGCAGCCCAGGACAUUAGCGGCUAAGCUAAUUCCACCAGCCAGCCUUUUCACCCCGGAAACCGACCGAGGGCGUGCACAGCCCCCCCCCAACCAGGCACAGAUCUCUGCUUCUUUUUGGUUCCCUCAGAAGAAGAAAACAAAUGGCAAUCUUAAAAAUAAUUACACAAGAUAAUAAAUUGGGAUCUUUUUUUUUGCAAUGUGAUACUGAUUUAUACUGAGGUGUUGAUCCCCAUAUUUGUGCAUGCUAAGUGCACAAUUUCUCAAUUAAGUUUUUUUUUUUUUAAGUGCUGUGUUCAUACGCCAAAGUGACGGGCCAGAUUGACAGCUACAGCUUCGACAGGGGGGUGAUUUGAGACUGGACGUUGAUCUGAGAUCUUUCUGUAAAAGAGGGGUGAGGGUCCAAACCCUAGAAAUGUGCAGGCCACACAAGAUAAACUCCAAACCAGUCAAUCAAAGCAAACCUACCAACCCAUCCUUGGGAUUAGGGAAUUAUUUUUACCCGUCAAAGUAUUUUCAGACAACAUUUUCUUAAAAUCAACCAAUAAAUUUAAAUAUAAUCCAACGCUAAUCAGAUUGUCAUAUUGAUAUAUUGACCAUACAGGAUACUAUGGGGGACCGAAAUGGCAGCAUGAACCAACAUUAAGCCUUGGUUGCCUCUGAAAAGCAUUCCAUUUGACCUUUUCCUCUAGAUUUCAUUCACCAAGUCCUUAGACAUGCACACAUUUUACUUAAUCACCCAACCCCCUUACACUGAAGUGUCGUUAAUUGUAACACUAAUUAUCAGGUUUCCAAAAAAUGGAAAGAUGUUAUUUCGCCUAGCCCUAGGACAAUUAUUUUUUGGGGUUAAAUAAAAGAAAAGAAAAAAUGUAAAGGAAGUUUUAUUGUGUUUGCUCGGUUAUUCACUUGAGUGAUUUGCUCAAUUGUAAAAACAUAAUUCAAAAGUCAUUGAAUUGACUUAAGUGUUAGGAAUGGUUCUCUUAGUUAUUAAAGAUAUAUCCUGAAAUAAC